AUGCUUGAGAAAUUGGGGGAGGGGCAUGGUUUGGUUUUGCUUGCGAGGGUUGAUAGAAUGAGGCCGAAACACUUCUCCAGUACGGCAACAGCUCUGCACCGCGUCUUCAUCGCGCCCAUUGAGCUGCAACCGCGUCUCUUCCGCCCCAUCCCCUUCCCCCCAACCCUCUCCCCCCAGAUCCAGCGCCGAACCUACGCAGCCCCAAAGCCCAAACCUGCGGUUGAGAAAUCCCGUCUACCCAUCAACGAAGAAAUCACCGCCAGGUUCAUCACGGUCGUUAGCCCGGAUGGCAAGCUCUCCGGGCCGCAAAAUACGCGUUCCGUGCUCGCCGGACUGGAUAAGAAGACCCACGUCCUGACCAUGGUCAACGAGGGCUCUGAGGGCGGGCCGCCCCUCUGCAAGAUCCUGAACCGCGCGGAGCUCUAUGCGGCGGAGAAGGAGAAGAAGAAGAAGAAGCGGGAUUCGGCCAAGGAGGGGAAGGUCAAGGAGCUCGAGAUGAAUUGGGAGAUUGAUAAGGGGGAUGAGCGCACGAAGAUGAAGAAGUUGGGGGAGUUUUUAGCGAAAGGCUGGAAGGUGGAGUAUACGAUUUCGAAGAAGAGGAGGGGGAGGCAGGCGGAGGAAGAUGAGUGCGAGGCGCUGGUGAAGCGGUUGAGGGAAACGCUGGCGGAGGGGGGUUGGAAGGAGUAUAAGCCUGCGGAGGGCAAGGUGGGUGGGGUAUUAGUGAUUUAUUGUGAGGGGAAGAAGAGUAAGAGUACGGUGGAGAAGGAGAAGGGAACACAGAUCCCAUUGGAUUCAGAGCCUCUUCAAGAUGAGGAGACGAUCCAGGACGAGGAUGAUACGGAAAAGUUGGCUGCGGUGGGCGGGACGGCGAAAUAG